AGAAACUUCCAGCCCACUUUUCCACGUCACUUGAAGGAAUCUUUUAAAGCGUCCGUCGCCAGUAUUAAAUGUCUCAGUACCCGGCAGCCAUCGGCAUGCACGCCAUGAAGAUGCAGUCACCGACACCGAGCAUGGCGAACAACGACAACGACCCGCUGCCCCUCGGCUGGGAAGUCAAAAUCGACCCUCAGACGGGCUGGCCCUUCUUCGUGGAUCACAACAACCGCACCACGACCUGGAACGACCCCAGACACGACACCCAAAAGGUCAGAGAGGUGUCAACUAAUGGACCCAGCAUACUAUUAGAACCAAGCCCUCAGGAGACAAAGAAGAGCUUUGUGAAAGAGAUGAAGCACCCCAUCCUUCGCCCUGGUUAUGUUCCAAUCCCAGUCUUCCAUGAGGGUGCAGAUCUCAAACCGCAACAGCACCCUUGCUAUUCUUACAUCCAGCCAACCGCUGCACAAAACAUCCGAACAGAAGGGCGGAUUCCUUCUCCAACACCAGGUCUUCAUUGUAGGCCUAGAUCACCCUUACAUGGAUCUGGUGACAUCUGCUCCCCGGCGCCUGGAAAGGCCAACUCACCUGUUUCCCAAACAGCUGAGGUAUUCAGCGGUCCGCAUAACCAACCCCCACGUCCCAGUAGCACUGGUCUGCAAGCAGGUUACAUCUCCAUACCUGUAAUCCAUGAGGGUGGUGGAGGCCCAAUGCAAGCACAGCCUCCUUUAAAUCAGUCCAUCCACACUCAGCGUGUCCCCUACACGGAGCAUCAGCAGCCCUUCCACCGUCUUCAGCAAGACGAAUGGCCCGGUUAUUCUGCAGCAAUGCAGCCUCCACGGGAAAGAGCUUCUCCCACAAUGUUUCCCCAGCAUCGUGACGCUGCUGCUAUUCACCUGCCACAUACUAGAAGAAGCCAGUCACCUAUUGUUACACAGGUGUUGGGUGAAAGACCACAGCAUAUCGUCAUGAGAGAGCCACCUCAGAAAAUGGAGCAUGAUCAAAUAAGCCUUCAGCCAAGACCGGAGAAUGUUCAGGUCUCUCAGCCUAUGUGCACAGAUGCGGACAGCCAAAAGCCUCAUUUUCAACCGCCUUCACCUCAGCAACAUCAACACUUCCAACAGCCUCCGCCUCAGCAACCUCAGCAGUUCCAGCAUGCACCACCUCCGGCACCUCCACUGCCUCAGCAGGCCGAGCAACUACCACAACAGUUCCCAAAGCCGCAACAGGCCGAGCAAUUAAGACAACAGUUCCCACAGCCGCAACAGGCAGAGCUAUUACCACAACAGUUCCAACAGCCGCAACAGGCAGAGCAGCACACCCCAGACAUCACAGUUGAAAUACUAUCAAAACCAGAAGCUCAUGAAGCUGCACCUGUUGCCACAGACGUCCCACCUGUAAAGGUAGAGGCAGAGCAACCACCCCAGUGUCCUGUUCACCCAGGCUUGGCCAAAGUACAGAAGAUAGUUGAACGGGUUGCUAAACUGGAGCAGGAGGUGAAAUCUUUUGAAGGAAAAAAGAAUGAUAAGAAAUACUUGUUGCUGGAGGAAUUGCUAACAAAAGAGCUCUUAGCAUUAGAUUCGGUCGACCCAGAGGGCCGCGCGGAUGUGCGGCAGGGAAGACGGGAUGGAGUACGUCGCGUUCAGAACAUACUGGAGGAACUAGAGCAACUGGACGAACCGUCAACCAGGCCUACUAGCCAGGCCUCAACGGAGGGAGACAAUUUAAUACAGAAACGAGAGCCCAGCAUGAUCACCAAGGAGAAUGCUGAGAUGGCGAAGGAAAUAUCCUAACUGGAAGUUGCAGGUGUUUGUUUGAUAGAGAACAGGUGUGUUCCAGAUCACGCUGUGCUCUGCACAGUAUUUGUGAAAGUUGCAUGCGGUCAUUAACUGUGUUGGUAUUUCUUGCCAUUUAGCACAUACAGUAAUUAAUGUUUCACAAGACAACGUUGUUGCUGUUAUGUUUCUCAAGACGACAUUGUUGCCUUCAGUGUUGUGCAGGUGUCUUCAUAAUAAGGCAGCUGUCAUGAGUAGGAUGUUGACAUUUAGUUUUUGUGAAAUUAAUGUUUGAUUAAGAGGCCUUUAUCAAAGAAAUCAAGCAUUUUCUUAACAAAUGUUAUGUGUAGUUGCCUUCUGUCUUGAUUCAAUAUAAUACAGAGCUUUCCCCAAUCCACUCGGCACAUUUGUUUGCACACACGAGUAGAAUGACUGCAGACAUUUGGGGCUUUAGAGCAGUACACUUUGCAAACCACUGUCAAUAGAAGAGCAUUUCCCCUUUAUUACCAUUUGGACUUUUUUGUGUCAAAACACAAUAUAUGAUUUAUUUAGGAUGCUCCUUCUUGGUAUAGAAAUUAUUUUGUCAUCUUUGCACUUUGUCAUCUUAGGAAUGUAUCACACUGAUCAGCAUAUUUUUUGGAAUACUUGUUACACCAGCUUUGAUUGAUGUGUUUUGAGUGAUUGUAUAGACAUUGGUUAACUUGUCAUUUCAAAGCAUUAAACCAGUAUUUAUAUUUUACGAUAUUAUGAAUGUGACAAAUGGAACUGAGAUGUGAGACAAUCAGCACUUGGUUCUAGUAAGGUAUCAAGAGUCAGAUUUGUUAGAAUGUUUUUGCAGAAUUACCAAAGCCACAAUCUGUAAUAGCGCAGACAAAAACUGCCUUAGGUGCAACAAGGAACCAAGCUAUCACUUGACAUGUGUCAAAAAAUUGUUUUAUGAUUGAUCUUGCACCAUUUACGUAAUAAUUAGUCACCAAAGUGAGCCCUCGGUAAUGCCUUAUCCAUAAACCCCUCACAAAUUAUCGAUUGUGGCUUAGUAUCGAUCACGGGUAAUAAGUAGCAAAUCUAUUGGUAAGGUUGAAAUAAAUUGUUUGACAGUAUUUUUGACUAAUAUGUUGGUCCCCAAAAUAUAAUUUCUGAUAAAGUUAUAAGAUGACUUAAAAUGUUUUAGACAGUGUGCGUUUAAUCAUAAGAAUAACAAUUGUAUAAGUGUCUUUGGUCAGUUGCUGCUUGUAUUUCUCCUCUGGACUGUGCUGAGUCGUUACUGAGAAUGUGGUUGUUCACCUGAACCUUGGAAUACUCUGGUAUAAGAGUUUCAAUCAUUUGCACUGGUUUCUUCCACUAAAAUGGUUGUUUGUACUAUUUUA